AUGUUCAACGGCAUGCCUAGGGUGACGUCUUCCAUGCCGAUGCACGUAUGUCCCUACUGUGGGCACCACAUCAUCACAGUGACCACCCCCAUCCCAGGUCUCUUCACCUGGUUGCUGUGCAGCGGUCUCUUUGUGUUUGGGUGUGUCCUGGGCUGCUGCUUCCUCCCCUUCUGCAUACGGAGCAUGAUGGAUGUGAGCCACUCCUGCCCUGUCUGCGGGAAGGAGCUCUUCCACCACCACCGCCUGUGA